AUGAAGUUCGCGCGGGUGUGCCUGAGCGGAUCGUGGCUGGCCUUCGGCCGGCGCACCCUUGGGGCCACGGAGAUGCUUCUUCCCGUGUUCCCGUCGCACGCGCACCUCCAGGAAUCCAGGAGGCCAUGCCGCAUUUGGGUCGAAGAUCAGCCCACCCGGGGCAGGUUUCUUUUCUCCUACAAGUGUGGGAAAGAGUGGUGCAGCCAGCGCAUCACUCUGUCAACAGAUAAGUGGAAGUCUACUGCCAAAAAUCAGGACAAUGUGAUAUGGAUAGUGUCUCUUGGACUUCGAGAGUACAAGAAGUUGCGAAGAAUCUGCUCUGAACUGCUGCCGAUGGUGAGGCAGCUGGUGCAGGAAGUGAACUGGCAUGAGGCAACGAUUGAAGACAAGGGACCUUCCAUCGACGACAUCCUGUCUUUCCACCCGGUGGCCCUAAAAUGGGACAAGCAGGGCGUCUGUAUCUUUUGCUAUGAGCCUGGUGCCCAAAAGAAGCUGCAAGUUGCCAAUGUCACACCUGAUGUUAACGAGGGCACUCUCGAGUUCGUGUGGAAUGUGAAAGGCGGGUUGAGGACACAGGAGCGCCGCCAGGUGGUGGAGGACCUCAGUCAGGCCAUAGGCUUGAUGAAGAAGAUCCGCAACAAGUCUUUUGACAAGCCCAUCGGGGAAGGCCUGCUGUGGAAGUCAGUAACCCAGCUGCAGGUGGACCUGCCCCCGCAGCGUCACCCCCAUGUCGGGAACAUCCUUGAGCAGCUGCUACCUUCUGAAGGUCUGGAACGCAACCUGGAGGGCCUCAGCAAGAUGCUGGCAACCAUGAAGGGGGGAUCCUUCCCUAUUGAAGGGGACACAGAGAGCAACCUGGUGCCCACGACUGUGUGGCUGGACCACGGCGUGCUGAAGCCCUUGGUGUACCAGAUGGCAGACUAUCAGCGCGCCUCAGAUGAGCGCAUCUACAGCCGAGCCCUGCAGGCACUGCUGAGGCUCUUAAAGGUGGGUGGUUCCACCGCUUCGUCAGAAUUCAUCAAGGCUGUGGUGCUGGCGAUCAGUGGUGAGGGUCUGACACACAUCGGUGUGUACAGGAUACUGGCUGCUGUGCUGCACAGACCCGAAGUAAAACAGGCGGCAAUGGACCUGAACAUGCCUAACGUGUUGCUGACCGAAUUGCAGCGCUAUUGUGUGCUGAUGAUCUCUCGUAAGGCCAGCAACCCCAAUGGGAUGAUAACAACUAGGUCAGGGAGGUACAGCGCCAGAACGACAGCAACAGGUGGCUUGGCAGGCUCACCGCCCCCGGGUCCCCUUCCCCCACAUCUUCUCCCCAACGAGGGCCAGUACUCCCUCAUGGAGCGCAUCUGGGGUGUCCAGCCUCACAUGUCCACUGACCAGAACCUCUUGCACCUGCACUCCUCCGUCCUGGAGAUCCUCCUGGCCCUGUCCCCCCUGGAGGUCCCCGAAGCUGAGCCCGCCAGUGACGACUUCAAGUGCACGCUCGUCAAGCACCUGCUGCUCCUGGGGCCCUCCAAGUACUCCUUCAAGUGGCAGCAGAGUGUGAGGACCUACGACUUGGCGAUCGCCUGCGUGCAUGAGUACGCAUGUGGGGCGCCCCGCGGUGUGUCCUUCGGGGACGAACAGGGGUUCAGGCUGUUCCUGCCACGGGCCAAGACAGAGAUGGACGAGCCUGCGGAGCAGGAUCUGUUGGUGGGGUACAUCGUGCCAGAGAUUCUGGAGCUGGUGGAGAUGCGGACACUGGACGUCACAGUUCAGAGGGGUCUGUAUGAGAGGCUGAGGCUUAUUGUGGACUACGUGUGGUCAUCUCCGUCGCCCAUCCUUGCGCAGCAGCUCCUGGACACCCUCACACAACCUCUGGUGGAGCUGUGUUCUAUGAUUUUGAAAGGGGCUUUGGCGAGGAAUGGGGACUGGCCCAUCACCCUGCUUCAGCUCUUCUACCUCAUCCUGUCUUUGUUCACGGCCCUUUCAGAGCGCGUGGCAGACAAGCAUGCACAGGACGAGCUUUUGAGAGCCAUCAGCAGCGCAGAAGACUUCAUGGAGCUUCUGUGGCACUACGCCUACCACACACUGACCUGCGAUCGUGCAAGGGAGGUGCUGGGGGAUUGUGAGGUGGAGACCAUGUGCCUUGGUGUCUGGAGGUUCCUGACGUCAGUCGCUGAGCUGUGCAAGGAUCAGGGCACGGAUGACGACGCAGACUCUGUGGUGAACACACUGUCUGGACAGCUGGCAUUCCCUCUUGAGCCAGAGAGUGGGUUGGUGGUGAGGAUUCUGGGCAUGGUGCACUGGGUUGAUGAAGAUGAGUUCCGCGACGACCUGUGCGUCCAGGUGCUUGCCUUUCUGGAGGCUUUCUUCAGUAUACCCAACAGCCUUAUUACCGAGGCACCCGACCUCAUCACCCAGGAACUGGAGCUCAACUUCCGUGCCUUCCAGGGCCACUCUGCCUCCAGCGCAGGCGACUUCCGGUGCACACAGUGCCGUGUCUGCGCCGCCUCCCUGGCUGUGAUCCAGUCCAUCCUCGCCAUGCAGCUUGAGGCCGUGUACCUGUAUGCGAUGCACCUGAGGAUGGGGGAGCACCUGGUCCAGGAGAUCGUGCCGCAGGGCAGUGAUGAUGCGCCCACUGUGUGCCUCAAGGAUGGUUGCCUGCCCUUCUUGCCAAAAGGGAAUGGCCGUGGCCUGCGUGGUGGCGUAGCGAGCACGUCUUGUGACAGUGGGAGGCCCCUGUCCAGCCACCCUGUGUUCGAAGUCGAGGAGCUGUCGUCAACCUCUGAGGAGGAGGCAUCCAUGCGUGGAGAUGAGUGCAGCGAGGCGUCCUGGGCGUCACCGGCGCUGGGGGGGGUGGCCCCAAGGAGCUGCAGCCCGAGCGGGUCGGGUUGGGUGUACUCCCGCCCCACCACGACCACCACCAGCAGUGUGAUGUCCCUCGAUAGCGUGGAGUUCGAGGGGCGCUGCAUGGAGGCCCCCCGGCCCCCCGGGGUGCCAAAGCUGGAUCUCAGCAACGUGGCAAAUGGCAGCGACGGCUACUACACGCCCCUGAGUGAGGACGACUAUGAGAGCACGAUCCUAGAGGAGGAUGAUCCUGUGGCAAGGAAUGCGGCUUUGGCCUGCGCGAGUGCCGCUGCAGAGCGUGUCGCGGAGGGGGCCUCGGAGAGCGGCAGCGAGGACAGGGAAUUGGCACUGGUCCCCCAGCCUAUGGAUGGGCCAUGUGGGCCUGGGCAGCAGGUUGGGGACAGCCCCCUGCGGCCUGUGUCCCAGCUGGAGAGCGACGCCCCGCCACUCGCCCUGAUGCCCAUCCCGGAGUGCCGGCAGAUGGUGGACUGGGACAAGUUCGAUGGGCUGACGUCAGGCCGGCCGCCCAGCAACUUUGAGUUCACCGGGGACUGCUCGGAGGACGCUCGACGUUGGGAGGAGUGGGAGCCGCGGAGCGAGCAGACGUCUUCGGAGUACGACCUGACAGAAUACAGCGAAGUCGCGAGCACUUCAAGUGCACCAAACCCUGGUGGGACAGGCCAUCUGGAGAAGAAGAAGCGGCCCGUGGUGCCCCCGGUGGCUCUUGACGUUGUCUGCAGGUCCCAGGAGGUGGUGCACCACGUGAAAGCCCCCGGACCUGGACCUGGGCCCAGUGGCAGCCAAAAGGGCAAGAUCAUAUGGAAGCACAAAGACUUGCAUGCUGGCGUGCUGCGAGUACUGCUGGAGUUAGUGCUGCUCGAAUUUGAGACUGUGGGCAGGAGGCAUGGUGGGGAGUCGGUGUUGGUGAGGCGGCUGUGCGUGGCGCUGCACCAGCACCUAAACAAACUGCACAACAAGGGGCUGCUGCUGGAGCUCAGAGACUGGGCGGUGCUGCGGGGGCCAAGCCACAUCAGAUUAGUCAGGCUGGUUAUGAAAGAACUCUUCGAUGAGAGAUCUUAUGAGAGCCUGGGCCGCAUUGGCCGUGGCCAAUUUGCUCAGGUCCACAGAUGCAGUCAGCCUCUGGAAGGUGGCCCUGCGACGUGCGCAGUGAAGGUGGUGGACGUCCCUGAGGAUGCCCAGGCCAUGCGCAGCCUUCGUGACAUUUACAGAGAGAUUGAAGUGCUGGAGUGCCUGUCUGAGCACCCGUGUGUCAGCGAGCUGUAUGACUAUGGCGUUGUGGAGGAUACCGUUUUUGUGGUGAUGAAAGAGUACAAGUGCGACCUUUUGACUUGGAGGAGGCGCAUGUCAAGCCCGCCUCCCCCCAAGCUGUGUCUGAAGAUCUUCCUGCACGUGGCCGAGGCCGUGCAGAAGGUGCAUCAGUCCGGCGUGGCGCACUUCGACCUCAAGUGCAGCAAUGUGUUCCUGGAGGCACUGCCUGGGCUGAGUGAAGACAGGUUCUGGUCACCCCAGAUGGACGACCCCGCUUUCAGGGUGGUGCUGGGCGACUUUGGCGAGGCGAUGCGGAUAGGAGACGACCAUGAAACGACGCUGAGGAGCAGGGGCACAGAAUGGAUGAAGAGCCCAGAGAUGCUUCUUGUGGGCAAGGGCACCCACGGCGGCGAGAGUGUGGCGCCCCCCACGUUCCCAUCCGACGUCUGGGCUCUGGGGUGCCUGCUGUUUGAGCUCCAGUCAGGAAAGCCGCUGUUCGAUGACUCCGACUGGGGCGAAUUUUUUGUGCGCAUCACAGACAGCUCGAUGCCGCUGAUUCCAACAGAGAAACUUGGGAUGCUCCCUCGCACCUCCCAGCGCAUCGUGGCCACCCUCCUCAGCUUCGUGCUCAUCCGCGACCCCCGCCUGCGGCCCCCCCUGGUCGCCGUCAUCGCCUGGGUCCAGAACAUGCUCGCCGGUCACGCGCCCCCCUCCGCCCCCGCCAGGCACGCCCCCCGAUCCCUACCCCCCUCCCCCUCACCCCCCACCCCCGCCUCAGGCAGCACGACUUCCGCUACCUUGGCCACAUGCCGGCGGGGCUCUCGCAAUGCCUUCACCUUCGUUCCCCUGACAGAGACCGUCCUGCUGUGCUCCCGGCGGGCUCUGGAAGACCCCUGGACGCUCCUGCAAAAGCGGGUGUCCCACAUCCUGUACAUUAACUCCGGCGGGGGGCCAGAAGAGCUGGCCGUGGUGCGUGGCGUGGCGUGCAGGGCGGACGUGCCCCUGGUCACUGUGGACAAACUGGUCGCCGGCGAGGAGGCAUGGGCGAGGCUGGUGGGGUCUGUGCUGAGGAUGGUGAAGCGGGGGCGGCGGCUGGCGGUGGUGAGCGGGGAGGGUGGGGGGUGGGGCGCGGGCAUGGAGCGCGUGGGCGUCACGCUGCUGUCGGAGGAGCUGGGAUGGCCUAGGAUGAAGUGCCGCCUGAACGUCAGGGCCGUGAUGGUUCAGUGA